AUCAAGCUUAGAGAUCGUAUCGAUACUCAGCCCACCCCCACCACCGUCGCAUUCUUAGUCGACCCCCCUGUCGACUACUUGCACAAAACACAGCAACUACCAAUGUCAACUGAAUUUCAGGAUGUCCAGGAGGGCGAGAUUGAGUCCAACUGGGACCAGAUUGUCGACAACUUCGAUAACAUGGAACUAAAGGCUGAGCUCCUCCGUGGUAUCUAUGCGUACGGUUUUGAGCGUCCCUCCGCUAUUCAGCAGCGCGCCAUCGUGCCCGUCAUCAAGGGCCACGAUGUCAUCGCCCAGGCUCAGUCCGGCACGGGCAAGACCGCUACCUUCUCUAUCUCAAUCCUCCAAAAGCUGGACCCGGCCAUCAAGGGCACCCAGGCGCUCAUCCUCGCGCCCACUCGCGAGCUCGCGCAGCAAAUCCAAAAGGUCGUCGUUGCGUUGGGCGACUACAUGAACAUCGAGUGCCACGCUUGUGUCGGUGGCACAAACGUUCGCGAGGACAUGGCCAAGCUCCAGGAGGGCGCGCAGGUCGUGGUCGGCACGCCCGGUCGUGUGUACGACAUGAUCAACCGCCGUGCCCUCAGGACGGACACUAUCAAGAUUUUCUGUCUCGAUGAAGCCGAUGAGAUGCUGUCCCGUGGUUUCAAGGACCAGAUCUACGAGGUGUUCCAGCUCCUCCCGCAGGACACGCAGGUUGUCUUGCUAUCCGCCACCAUGCCGGCGGACGUGCUUGAGGUCACCAAGAAGUUCAUGCGCGACCCCGUUCGUAUCCUCGUCAAGCGUGACGAGUUGACGCUGGAGGGUAUCAAGCAGUUCUACAUCGCGGUCGAGAAGGAGGAGUGGAAGCUGGACACGCUGUGCGAUCUGUACGAGACGGUGACGAUUACCCAGGCUGUCAUUUUCUGCAACACAAGGCGGAAAGUCGACUGGCUGACUGAGAAGAUGCACUCUCGUGAAUUCACCGUCUCUGCCAUGCACGGUGACAUGGAACAGAAGCAGCGUGAGGUCCUGAUGAAGGAGUUCCGUUCGGGCUCCUCUCGUGUAUUGAUCACCACAGAUCUGCUCGCCCGUGGUAUCGACGUGCAGCAAGUGUCGCUCGUCAUUAACUACGACCUGCCCACCAACCGUGAGAACUACAUUCACCGUAUCGGUCGUGGUGGCCGUUUCGGAAGGAAGGGUGUCGCCAUCAACUUUGUGACGACGGAGGACGUGCGCAUGCUUCGGGAUAUUGAACAGUUCUACAACACCCAGAUUGAUGAAAUGCCCCUGAACGUCGCCGACCUCAUCUAGAUGACUUGUAUGCCACGCUGCCACAUUAUCUUACUGCGUCCUCGAGAUCAAUAAACAUUUUGACGCGUCGCUUGGUCCUGGAGGAUCAGAAGCUCCUAUCAUUUUUUACUUGUUGUCACGUCAUCCCGCCUCUUGCGCUGUCGCCCUCUCCACCCAUCGCAUUGUUGCACAAUCACUGCGAACGAUUCCACACGCUGUCACGACUGUACUGUAUAGGCUGGGUUGUCGAAUUCGUAGUCUAGUUGUGUCACCAUGUACUGCUUGAGCGACUGUCGAUAUGAUUUUCCUGCAUUUCCUGUG